AAUGAGCCAUCCCUCUACUUAACACUGUAGUAAAUUUCCCAGAGAGGGAUGUUAAUGUAAUUUACAUAUUUACCCUUAGUCACAUUUGCUCUGUGUCCGACCAUCGAUCUUAGGCCGCCACUCCCGAGAAAUCUCCGGCUUCUCUACCGCCGACUAAGAGCAAACCAGAGAUCGAAUGGAAGAUGCAGCCGCUCCUAAUUCUGGUUCUGAUUUAAACCUUGGAGGAAAACGCGGUAGAUCUAUCGAAGAAUGCCAGGACAUGAUUCAGAGAAGUUUCCGAAACCCAAUUGUGAAGUUUCUGAUGGAGCAAAUGGAGAAAUCUGGGUGCAGAGUUGGUGAUAAUUUCGUAAAGGCAGUUGUUUGCACUGGACCUGUAGCUGGAGGCUUCACUAGAGGAAGAGGGAUCACUGUCUGCAGUAACUAUCUGACCAUUCAAGAUGAAGUGAACCAAGUAGUUAUACAUGAGCUAAUCCAUGCUUAUGACGAGUGCCGAGCCAAGAAUUUGGAUUGGACUAAUUGUGCUCAUCAUGCUUGCAGCGAGAUACGCGCAGGUCAUCUAAGUGGCGAUUGCCAUUUCAAGAGAGAACUUUUGAGGGGUUUCAUCAAAUUAAGAGGGCAUGAACAAGAAUGUAUAAAAAGAAGAGUCUUGAAAUCGCUCCGUGGCAACCCGUAUUGCUCGGAAGUAGCAGCCAAAGACGCCAUGGAAGCAGUGUGGGAUACUUGUUACAAUGACACUAAGCCUUUUGACAGAGCUCCUUGAAGGUAAUAGAUCUUUUUUUACAAUCGCGAGAGACUUACUUUUGCUUCAAAAGUUAUGAGUUCAACUUCAUCUUUGAAGAUCGAUAUAAAGCCGGAAAAACCUUUGGAUUCAGCCGUUGAUUUUUUCCUCAUUUUGUAUUUGUUUAGAUUCUUUACGUUGUUGUUGGAAAUAAAUGAUAAGGUCUAAUACAAAAUCUUGAUUUCAAGUGGAUUUUGCUUGAAACUAUAAUUUUGAUUUAUGGAUUUGUAUUUUACAUCACACUAUGGAGGAAUAGUUAGCUCUGCAUCACACUAGUAGUUUGUAAGAAAACUAUACCAAGGUAAACGAAUCAUCGUAUGCAUUAUAUUUGUUAU